AUGGGGAGUAUUGAUGAGCGGAAGGCGAUUGAUGCGUCGAUAGGUGGGUUGGUUUGGGUCCGACGCCGUAACGGGUCAUGGUGGCCGGGUCGGAUUAUGGCUCAUGACGAGGUUCCUGACACUUGUCUAGUUUCUCCCAAAUCUGGCACACCGAUAAAGCUUCUAGGUCGUGAUGAUGCUAGCGUGGAUUGGUAUAAUCUUGAAAAGUCCAAGAGGGUGAAGGCGUUUCGUUGUGGGGAGUAUGAUACUUGCAUUGAGACGGCAAAAGCUACUGCAUCGGGCGCUACUAGUAGUAAGAAGGCUGUCAAAUAUGCCCGUCGAGAAGAUGCCAUUGUCCAUGCUCUAGAGAUUGAAAAUGCAUACCUUGCGAAAGAUCACCCUGAGCUACUUACAGGAAAGGAUGAUACGUGUAUCGAGAAGGCAAGUACAUCUGGUGAGGAGUCGACUGAUGUAGCAGAGACCGGAGAUGCGAUGCAAUCUAGUAUGUCUUUGAAAAAAUCCAACAAUGUCAAAGCUUCUAAGGUUCAGCCGUUGUCAGAAAGGAGAAGAAGAACUCCAAAUGACUCGGAAGAUGAUGGGACUGAAGGAAUCAAACGAAUGAGAGGGCUUGAAGAUAUUGGAAUGGGUAUAGGAUCAAAAGGAAAAGCACAGGCCGGCGCAAUGCUCGAGCCUAAACUGGAAAAUGGGUUUAAAAGUUAUACAAACAUCAAUGGUUCUAUGUUAAGUGUGAGUCUUGCCAAUGGUAAUAGCAAGGAUUCCUCUCUGUCAAUGACAAGAAAAAGGUUGCCAGUCGUAAGUGCUGAUGAGAACUCUAAAAGGAAAACCCGACGACGGCCAAUGACAAAAGUGUUAGAGAGUACAGCUACAGUGUCUGUUCUUGUUACCGGUGACAAACUUGUCAAUUCUGAUUGUUCUCCUCCUCCAGAGUUCUCUGAAAGCAAAGUUUCUACUAUAAUCAACAACAAUAACUCGAACGGCACUGGGGUAUCAUUAAAUGUUUCUGAAGAUGUUGAAGCGGUCCAUAACAAGGCAAAAGACAGUGAAGUCUCUGCAAAUGACUCGUCCAACGGGUUAUUUGAUGUUCCACUAGUUGGAGUAGAAACUUACUCUGCAGGUAUUUCGACUGUUGCUUUCACAUCUUCUUCACCCACGAAGGCUCUUGUUUCUGGACCGGCGAGGCAAUGUGGUCAGAGUAGCGAUGAUGAUGCUGUGAAAAAUGAGGGAAGUAAUGAAUCUGCUUGUACAAGUCCAGCAACUCCCCUUAUCAAUGGGAUUCAGAUGAGCAGUUCAAAGUGGCAGCUGAAAGGUAAAAGGAGUUCAAGGCAGAUGAGUAAAAGACAAGAAGAAAGAAGGAAUGCUUAUGCCCAAGAAGCCAACAACAAUUCACUGCCUCCUUGUUCUGUGUCUGAUCAAAACCCGCAUGGUCAUUUCAGCAUUGGUACACAGGCUUUGGGAAGAAAUUCUCAACUGUAUGACGUGAAGAUCGAGGUGAAAGCCAACUAUAAACCCCGGGAUGUUCCACUGAUUUCCCUUAGGAGUAAACUGAAUGGUGAAGCUAUUGUCGGGCAUCCUUUAACGGUUGAAGUGCUUGAAGAUGGUUCAGCUGACUGCAUUGUGAGUAGUCAUAUCAAGUCACUUAGGGGUGUUCCAAUGGUUGAUGAUGAUGCUAAACCAAAACCAUCAUGGAGAAACAAAUCCAAGAAAAAGAAACAACACAUUCCUCCACAGAAAUCAUCAAAAUCAAAGAAAUCCUCAUCUCUAUCCAAAAAGACAAGGUGCCUCUCUGCUCUAACUGGUCAGAAGCUGACAGUAAUUAGCAAGAAGAAGGUGGUGGCAGAGGCGGCAAAAGAACAGGUUGUAGCUUGCAUCCCUCUGAAAAUAGUCUUCAGUAGGAUAAACGAAGCUGUCAAGGGGUCAGGGAGACAAGUGCACAGGGUAUUACCAUGUGCAGGGAAUACAUGA